CCACCACUCAAGCUCAUGUGCUCGCACGCGUACUGCAACCAAUAUGACGUGCCUUGAGCCAUUCUCGAGACAUUUCGUGCCGCUAGCGACGCAGGGAUGUUCCCCACCUUCCCUUCUGAGUGUGUUGUUUGCAUCAGCCCUGCCGUCCCACGCGAUUGAACUCCGCCAUCACCCCGCCUGAGGUCCUUCAAAGCUGGCUGCCAUUUCUCUUUCCGCGAGGCUUAGUUCUCAACCUCAGCUUCUGACCAGGCUAGCUAUUAGACCUGUUCAUCGUCCCGCCUCUGGGCUUGCAUCGCUUUACUCUAAACUCACGCCACUUGAUACUGCAAGCUCCGCAAGCUUCUCUACCAGAGCCAGAGAGCUUCAGACGACAUCGCGUACGCAAUCGAGGCUCAGACCGCGAUUCAACGUUGCUAGGUCGACUACUCCUCUUGGAAUUCAGAAAAGGUUCUGCCAGAGCGAGGUUACUAGUAGCUUUACAGACAUGGCGUCCGAUAGAGAUAUCCUCCCUGCCUGGGUCAAGCCAGCGCACUACUCCGUCUCUCUUCACGAUCUAGAGUUUGGCGGAGGCUUUAGCUUCAAGGGAACAGUCACGAUCGACACGAAGAUCACGAAAGAUGACGGCUUCAGCGAGCUCGUUCUCAACGCCCACCAGCUCAAGGUCAGCAGUGCUGAGCUGAAGACUGGCGACGCCACCCGAUCGGCGAAGAACAUCUCGUACGACGAGAAGCGCCAACGGGUUACACUUGACUUUGGAGAGAAGAUUGACUACUCUGGAGAGGCUACUUUGGAGGUCAAGUAUGAAGGAACAAUCAACAACAUCAUGGCUGGUUUCUACCGCUCUAAGUACACGCCCAAGGGUGAGGUUCCCGCCUCUGUCGCCAAAGACGACGAGUUCCACUACAUGUUCAGCACACAGUUUGAGUCCUGCGACGCUCGCCGAGCUAUUCCUUGCUUCGACGAACCCAACCUCAAGGCAACUUUCGAUGUCGAGAUCGAGGUGCCGAAGGAUCAGAUUGCAUUGAGCAACAUGCCGGAGAAGGAGACCAAGCCCAGCAAGCGUGAUGGUUUCCAUACCGUGGUCUUCGAGCGUACGCCGGUCAUGUCGACCUACCUUUUGGCAUGGGCCAUUGGAGACUUCGAGUACGUUGAGGCUUUGACGGAGCGCAAGUACAACGGCAAGAGCAUCCCUGUGAGGGUUUAUACCACUCGUGGACUGAAAGAUCAGGGUCGUUUUGCGUUGGACAACUGCCACAAGAUUGUCGACUACUUCUCCGAGGUCUUCCAAAUCGAUUAUCCCCUUCCCAAGGUUGAUCUUCUGGCUGUUCAUGAAUUUUCACACGGCGCCAUGGAGAACUGGGGUCUCAUUACCUACCGAACAACGGCCGUACUUUUCGAUCCCGCAACAUCCGCAGACAGCUACCGAAACAGGGUUGCCUACGUUGUUGCCCAUGAGCUUGCCCACCAGUGGUUCGGUAACCUUGUCACUAUGGACUGGUGGAGUGAGCUCUGGCUCAACGAGGGUUUCGCUACUUGGGUAGGCUGGUUUGCCAUUGACCACUUGUACCCUGAAUGGAAUGUCUGGGGGCAGUUUGUUACUGAUGCUGUGCAACAAGCCAUGGCACUUGAUGCGCUGCGAACAUCUCAUCCCAUUGAGGUUCCCGUAUACGACGGUCUUGAGGUUGAUCAGAUUUUCGAUCACAUCAGCUACCUGAAGGGCAGUUCAGUCAUUCGCAUGUUGAGUGCUCAUCUCGGUGAAAAGGUUUUCCUUCAGGGCGUUGCCAACUACCUCAAGGCGCACCAAUAUUCGAACGCCACCACAAACGACUUGUGGUCUGCCCUCAGCAAGGAGUCAGGCAAGGACGUCAACAGUUUCAUGGACUUUUGGGUCCGCAAGAUCGGGUUUCCAGUUGUCACCGUCACCGAGGAGGCUGGUAAGAUUGGCCUUCGUCAACAGCGCUUCCUCCUGGCUGGCGACGUGAAGCCUGAAGAAGACUCAACUGUUUGGUGGAUCCCCUUGGGACUACACACUGGAUCCUCCGCUUCUACUGCCUCUCUCCACAAGACAGUUGCCAUGACGAAGAAAGAGGAGACUAUCCAAGAGAUCGACACAGGGUUCUACCAAGUCAACAAGAACCUCACGGGCUUCUACCGAACCAAUUACACACAAGACCGUCUUAAGAAGCUUGGAGAGGCUAGGCAUGACCUCACCGUAGAAGACAAGAUCGGACUGAUCGGAGACGCGUACGCAAACUCCAUUGCCGGGUUUGGCUCCACGGCUGGUCUCCUGGCGCUGGUCGAGCGCUUCCAAGACGAAUCCGAAUAUUUGGUCUGGUCGCAAAUUCUUACCAACAUCGGUAACGUGCGCAGCGUCUUUGCUGGCAGUGAGGACAUAAGCAAGGGUCUGCAGAAGUACCACCUCAACCUGAUCACACCCGCUGUGGAGAAGGUCGGUUGGGAGUUCAAGGAGGGCGAAGGCUUCCUCAUCGGCCAGCUCCGCGCUAGCCUCAUCACGUCAGCCGGUUUAGUCGGCCACAAGGCGACUGUGGACGAGGCUUUGCGACGAUUUGAUCUCUACAUCUCUGGAGAAGACAAAUCAGCCAUCCACUCGUCACUCCGUAGAGCCAUCUUCGCCACCGCCAUCAAGCAGCGUGGCGAAUCAGCGUACAAAGCCAUCAAGAACGAGUACCUCACCACCACAUCGAUCGACGGCAAGGAGAUUUGCCUACAAUCUUUUGGUCGCGUCCAGACACCCGAACUUGCGCAAGACGUCUUGUCGUUCAUCUUCUCCGACAAAGUCGCGAUGCAAGACAAGCACUCUGGCACCAUUGCGCUCGCCAACAAUGCCAAGGUCCGCACCGAAGUGUGGAAGUUCAUCCGUGACAACUGGGACUCUGCUAUCCACCCUACUCUCAGCGGCAAUCUCGUCGUGCUCGAGCGCUUCUUGCGCUUCGGCCUGAACAAGUUCUCGGAUGACAAGAUCGCUGAUGAGAUCGCGGCGUUCUUCAAGGACAAGGAUACGCGCGGAUACGACAAGGGCCUUGAGGUCAUUGAUGAUACGAUCAGGAGUUAUGCUAAGUAUGCGAAGAGGGACGAGGGCGUUGUGAGGGAGUACUUGAGUGGUAGCGGAUACUUGUCUUGACUUGGGUCGAGACUUUGAAGCGGUGUGGAAGGUGCGGUACGCCUGAAAACGAUUGUAGAAUGAAUAUCGUCUUACGUUAUAUCAGCUCUUGUGCUUAUGGGUGGUGGUUUCUCGCAGCAAUAGGUUGUGAACGAAGCGUAAAGCAUAUAAGAUGUUCCAAGGCUUACAUGCAGUGUCCGUUGGC